UGAGUUUAGGAACAUAUUGAGUGCGUAAGAAAGGAAGAACACUAAAACUCUAAAAGACUUUCGGAAUUACUUAAAGGAUUUUUCUAUGAAUUGGUAUAAUUAAGUUUAAUAAAGGUGUGAUAUCACUGACACCAACGGUUAUGCGGAAAGUAAACAUGACGCCUGUUGCGGCAUCGGAUAACACGUACUCAGCCAUACGGCAGGAGUAAUUAUGUUAUUACUAACGUCAUAGCCUGUGAUGUGCGAUAUUUUCUACGACUCAUUUAACCCAUAGCGGUGCUAAUUUAACCCAUAACGAAUAUCACUUUGCCAAGAGCUGGGUCAGAAUGAAACUGAAAGGUCGUCAUGAAGACUUUUGGAUCCAAGUGAUAUUCAAAGUGUUCUGGUAGACGUCGAGAAAUAUCAAACCACCAGGAACUGUUAUUUCUUUAAUCAUUUCUUUGGUCGUUGCGUGUUGAGGAAAAUGCCAGGGAAUUUCUCUGCUCAUACAAGCCUCUACAGUUCAACAUCAUCUUUCAAUGUGACGUUGGUUAUACUUUAUGCGACGAUAGUGCUUGUAGGCUUGGCAGGGAACAGUUUUGUCGUCACCAUUGUGUUCAAAACAAGAUCUAUGUUCACUUCGACAAAUAUUUUGCUGGCAAAUGUUGCUGUUGCCGAUAUCGUGUCUCUGUUAUGGUGUCCGAUUCCUUUGAUAGCGGGCCUUUGCAAUGUGCGAAUAUCUUCAGAAAAAGCACACUAUCUGUGUAAAUUUUUUACAAGCUACUCAGUUACCUGUUUGACUGUUUCAGUGACAUAUCAGAGUUUAGUGGUGUUGGCUGUGGAGAGGUACCAUGCGAUUGUUAAACCAUUCAACAGUGCACUGAUGCUGACUAAUGAUCGUAUGUUCUAUGCUAUUUUAGCUAUCUGGAUCAUGGCGAUCCUUUGCUCCCUGCCUGGAUUUAUUUUCAGCGAAUACGAUGAAAAGCUUGGAAGGUGCCUGGAUCCUUGGACUCUUGAGAAAGCUGGUACGUUCAGGUGGAUUGCUAUCUUAUAUCUCUCUGCAUCUGUUUUGUUCUCUGGCGCUUUGUUUUACUGCUACGUUCAAAUUCUAAGGGGAAUCUUCGUGAAUAAAACUGUUUGUUCAUCAGAGGUUGCCUCAAUGAGGCAAUCUAACUUGAAAGAGAAGCGAAGGCUUGCUCUAAUUUCCUUGACUGUAACUGUGGCAUAUCACUUUUGUUAUCUGCCUUUCUUGAUGUUUGAGCUGUACAUAGCCUUUCAAAGUCAGCAGAGAAUAUUGGAGAACUACGAAGAACUCUAUAAAGUGUAUCGAGUUGUUGGGUUUAUCAUGUAUGUGAACUCAAUGCUAAAUCCAUUUAUUUAUGGCUUUCAGAGUUCGAAUUACAGAAAUAAUUUCAAAAGACUUUUUUUCAGAGGAUCUAAAACGAUAGAUAUCAGUUUGACUUCGCCGAAUUCCAGGAAAAACCCACCUUCGACGGUGUUUUCAGCAGAAACGUGAUUCAUUCUUCGAUUCUUCGAUUUCAUCUUUCCUGAACGCAUACGGCAGAAGGCUUUUGCAGCACCCUUGUUAUCUUGUCGCAAUACUCUUGCAAUCAUGUCAUAUGUGGCCUCGAAACUGAUCUGAGCGAUUCAACGGAAAAUAAAAGCGCGAACGAGCUGCCUGUUAGAUCUAUAAAAGAUAUAUUCGCUUAGCAGAACUUCGGCUUCAUUGGUGAUGCUACCGGCUGGUGAGUUAAAAAGGAAUUAUCAUAAUAGAAAGCAGCAACAGCAGCUAGGUGGUUGAACAUUUUCUCAGUAUUAAACUAAACCA